CUCUCUCGUGUUUUCCCCCCACACCUCAAUAACGGUGCGUGCGAUAUAUUUGUGCAUAUACUUUUAUGCACGGGGAUACAUUUUCAAUGGCUUAUAAUUCGUGGAUUAUAAUUUCUAUUUUUGAUUUCAACAGCAGUGGAAUAUUGGUUACCAUCGACUCCAAUUGUGAAUAGCGUAUUCCUUAUUUUCUGACUGGUGUGUGGUAUUUUUUUGCAUGCGGAGAGACUGUCAAGACUCGAAGACCACGUUCAAUGCCGUUGGAACAUGUCCUAUGUUCCCUUUCAAGAUGCGAGGUGUGCCGUCCCCCCCUCCUAUCGCCCCCAUGCCCGUUCCUUUGCCGCUCCCUCCUACGACCGACCCGACUGGAACCCCCGUCUCUGUGUGAUCUCCGGAAAUCAGCUCUACAUGUUGGACCAGGAGGAGGUACACCCUUUGUUGAUGCGCGAGCGUCGCUCCGAAUUGCACAGGAACAAGCUGCUGCGAAGGACAGUCAGCGUUCCUGUUGAGGGGAGGCACCAUCCAGAGAUGGGUGAAACGCCGCGCUCGCGGAAGAGCAUAGCCAACGUGAAGCAGCCAAGCAUGGAGAUCCCUCCCACUGCCCCCCAACCCUUCCGACAAUCCGUGAGUACCCCUCCAUCCUCCCGCCCUCGCUCGCUGAACCCCUCCCUUCCCCUUCUCCCUCCCCUCGCCCUCUCACCCUCUCUCUCCCCCUCCCUCCCCCAUGGCCACUCCUGCCUUCAGCAACGCUACAAGAAAGGGGUCAGUACACCCCCUCUCCCUCGCUCGCUGCCCCUCUCCCCCUGCCUCUCUCUUAGUCUCCCCCACUCCCCCCCUUCUUCUAAUUGGCCGGGGGACUGGAGGGUUGCCGCUUCCAGCCCAGUGACGGGACGCCAUAUUGCACCUCUGCCUCCCAUCGAGAGUUUCCUCAGUAGAAGGUUGAAGGGCUCUAUCAAGAGGGCUAAGAGUCAGCCCAAACUGGACCGCACCAGCAGCUUCCGCCACAUGAUCCUCCCCCGCUUCCGUAGUGCCGACCAGGACAGAACGCGCCUGAUGCAGAGCUUCAAAGAGUCCCACUCCCAUGAGUCCUUGCUGUCUCCCAGCAGCGCAGCCGAGGCGCUGGACCUCACCCUGGACGAGGACGCCAUCAUCAAGCCUGUCCACUCCAGCAUCCUGGGACAGGAGUACUGCUUCGAGGUGACUACGGCUUCGGGAACCAAGUGCUUUGCAUGUCGCUCGGGUGCAGAGAGAGACAAAUGGAUCGAGAAUCUUCAGAGAGCUGUCAAACCCAACAAGGACAACAGUCGGAGGGUGGACAACGUGCUGAAACUCUGGAUCAUCGAGGCGCGGGAGCUUCCGGCCAAGAAGCGUUACUACUGCGAACUUUGUCUGGACGACAUGCUUUACGCACGCACCACCAGCAAGCCCCGGACUGACACCGUGUUCUGGGGCGAGCACUUUGAGUUCAACAACUUGCCAGCCGUCCGCAACCUACGCCUUCAUCUCUACAAGGAGACUGACAAGAAGAGACGCAAGGAAAAGAGCACAUACCUGGGACUGGUCAGUAUCCCUAUCUCCAGCAUCACGGGCCGACAGUUUGUGGAGCAGUGGUACCCCGUCAUCCAGCCUAGCGUCCUGGCCAAGGGGCAAGCAGGGGGCAAGAUCAUCAAUGCCUCCCUACGCCUCAAGUCCCGCUACCAGACCAUGAGCAUCCUGCCCAUGGAGCUGUACAAGGAGUUUGCGGAGUAUGUCACCAAUAACUACCGGACUCUGUGUGCGGUGCUGGAGCCUCUACUGAGCGUGAAGAGUAAAGAAGAGGUGGCCUGUGCGCUGGUCCACAUACUACAGAGCACAGGGAAAGCAAAGGAUUUUCUUUCAGACAUGGCGAUGUGUGAGGUAGAUAGAUUCAUUGACCGAGAACACCUUAUCUUCAGAGAGAACACUCUGGCCACCAAAGCCAUAGAAGAGUACCUCAAGCUGAUUGGACAUAAGUACCUCAAGGAUGCAAUAGGGGAGUUCAUAAGGGCACUGUACGAAUCAGAGGAGAACUGCGAGGUGGACCCCAUGAGGACACCACCCUCUGUCCUUCCAGAUCACCAAGCCAAUCUCCGCAUGUGCUGCGAACUGGCACUCUGCAAAAUCGUCAACUCCCAUUGUGUGUUCCCUCGAGAGUUGAAGGAGGUGUUUGCCUCGUGGAGGGUGCGCUGUGCGGAGAGGGGGAGGGAGGACAUCGCAGACCGCCUAAUUAGCGGCUCCCUUUUCCUGCGCUUCCUGUGUCCGGCUGUCAUGUCCCCCUCCCUGUUCAACUUGACCCAGGAGUACCCAGACGAGCAGACGUCACGCACGCUCACCCUCAUCUCCAAAGUGGUGCAGAACCUGGCCAACUUCUCCAAGUUUGGCAUGAAAGAGGAGUACAUGUGCUUCAUGAAUGAGUUCUUAGAGAUGGAGUGGGGCUCCAUGCAGCAGUUCCUCUAUGAGAUCUCCAACCUGGACAGUGUGAGCAACGCGGGGGGCUUCGAGGGCUACAUCGACCUGGGCAGGGAGCUGUCCAUACUGCACAGCCUCCUCUGGGAGGUCAUGGCCCAGCUCAGCAAGUCUUCUAACCCUAACCCACAGGAUGCCAUUAUCAAACUGGGUCCCUUGCCCCGCCUCUUGAAUGACAUCAGCAUGGCCCUGCGUAACCCCCACCUGCAGAGGCAGCCCAGCCAUCAGAACCAGACAGAUAGAGUCCAUGAGAGACAGACGGAGAGGCUGCUCUCACGACCCAGCUUCAACAGGGGAGUCUCCUCGGAGUUCCAGAAUCUCAUGAUGAAGGAUCUCAAUAGCUCCAUAGAUAUCACUCGCUUGCCUUCCCCUACCUCUGGUGUGUCCAGUGGGGGGAUCAUGCCAUCUCGUGCUCAUGCUCAGCUGAGUUUCCAAGAGCGCGAUCACCCACAUCGAGCCUCCAAAGACGUUUUCUAUGUAACCCGCCCUCCCUUGGCCCGAUCCAGCCCUGCCUACUGCACCAGUAGCUCCGAUAUAACCGAGCCAGACCACAAGGACUCCACAUUGAACAGCGUGUCUAACCUGCAGUCGGUGGCCAUGCUCAACUCCUCCCAGGCCUCCAUCACCGGCAUGGGCAGCUUCGGAGGGCUCAGCAGCCAGGGUGGCGGAGGCCUGGGCUCGGGCCUGAGCGGCCAGCUCCGGGCCGGGGGCCGCCUCUCGGCCGGCUCGGGGGGAUCCAGCAUGUCAGGGGGCCUCCGGCUGAGCCAGUUGAGCCAGAUGGGUACCACCACCGACUCGCUGUCCCAGCAGCAGCAGCAGCAGGCCGCCGCCCUGAGAUACCCGCUCUCCUUCCAGAACCCCCUAUUUCACCUGGCCACCGGCACCGCAGAUGGACCCCACCUCCACCACCAGCACAGCAGGGCCCAUCUCCCGCCGCCCCUGCUCCUGGCCCCGGAGCCUGACCCCGGUGGCUCACACCAGGCCUACAUCCCCCAGUUCGCCCACGGGGGGUUCUCCCGCAGCGAGGACCUGUCCACCCUGAGGACCGGGGCAGGGCACCUGGGGCAGCCAGCCAUUAUCCACUCACACAGCUAUAGUGACGACUACAGCAGGGCUGAUUACGCACGGCGGCAACUGUCCAUGCACGGGCAGGAUAAUCUUCAACAGCAACAGCAGAUGGGUAUGGCCUCUCAGACUGGCACCUCCCACUCUUCCCUGGCCACACCCCCCUCCACAGUCCAGCCCGUGCGCCAGAGCUCCAUCGCCCCGCCUCCCGCCCAACGCGUCAAAUCACAGACCUCCCAUCAGCUGUCCGUCAGUGCGGCUGCUGCUCCCACACCAUCCGCUAAGACGCGACCGCCCAGUGCCAACCUAUCGCCAGAGUCGAACUACGGAGGUCGGCAACAGGCACCACGGCAACAGCUGUCGGUCAAAGAUAACACAGCUCCUGGACUGCCCCACCAGCAGAGCUCUGUCAGGGAGAGCCAGGUCCCCCAGGGGCCACAGGUUGGCACUACAACAACCAUACAGCAAUCACAGCAGCAGCAACAACAACAACAACCACAGCAACAGCACCUGCUCAAACCUUCCAUCAGCAAACAGGGUUCCGGCCAGUCGCCCUCGACCCUUAACCCCCCGACCCCGGCCAAUGAGAGAACAGUCGCCUGGGUCUCCAACAUGCCUCACCUCUCCGCUGAUAUUACUCUGGAGGCGAACCGCAUCGACCGCGAGGAGUUCAAGCUGAAGGAGUACUCCAAAAGCAUGGAUGAGUCUCGCUUAGACAGGGUAAAGGAAUACGAGGAGGAGAUCCACUCCCUAAAGGAGCGACUGAUCAUGUCCCACAGGAAGCUGGAGGAAUAUGAGAAGAGGCUCCUUUCCCAGGAGCAGCAGACCAGUAAGAUCCUCUCACAAUACCAGAGUCGCCUGGAAGACAGCGAGAGGCGGCUACGGCAACAGCAAGUGGAGAAAGACUCCCAAAUUAAAGGAAUAAUCAACAGACUCAUGGCUGUGGAGGAUGAGAUAAGGGGAGGAGCCGUCGUUGAGCCGCCGAAAGCUAACGUUAGGGUCUUCGCCGAUCAGGGGGCCCAGCAUUCCUCCCUGGGUUCAGCAGACCCCUGUGUGAAUACUGAAGGUGGAAGAGGAGGAGGAGGAGGAGGAGAAGAAGGAGGAGAAAAAGACGGAGGGAUGACAACUGAUCCUGACCCUACUAUCUCUUCCUCGGGCAUCUCCUCCACCGGCUUGCCCCGGAAUGAGAAUGGAGUCCCCUCCUCACCCGUAGACCCUCCUCCUCCCCCCACUCCUCAUCUCCACCCCAGUCCACCCCAAAAUGGAGAGCUCCGUGGCAACCCAACAUCCUGCCCAGUGACAAGCACGGAGGCAACUGAGAGCACUGCAACAGCAGGACUGGGCAUAGAGGAGAGGGAGCAGGUCAAAAACAACACUAAACCAAAUCAGAGAGAGAAGACACAAAUAAAGAAAUCUUGCCACAUUUCCUUCCUUUUUUGAGGAGGAUGAGAUGACUGCAAUCUUUCCCGUUUCUUUUAUGUGUACUCAAACCAGAGAGAGAAGAAAUGUUUUGGGGGGCAUUGUACAUUUAACUGUACAGUACGUUCAGCAUUAUCACACAAGACAACAAAAGGGCUUUCCAAUGGACCUCAUUUUCGUCAUGCUCAAACUGGGCUUUGGUCAGUAUCUGUCUUGCAGGACAAGAUAAUGAUACCUUUUAGUUAUCUUUGACAUUGUGGGAUCCUCAUGUACUGUUUCAAUCGAUCAAACUAUAGAGCCUAUCAUACACUGGUAUAGGCCUAAUCACCAAACCAAUCGACUAUGUGAGAUUUUGAUUUGUGUGUUUGUUUAAUCAUAUAAAGACAGUAAGCAAACACUAUAUAACGUCUCACUCCCCAAAGACUUCUCAGUAGCCAAUAGCAUCCUGCUAUAUACAUGCGUGUGGUAUCCCAUAAUUCCAUCGAUAAAGGUUGAGUCAUUUCCUGUCCUGAAAACUCCAGCUCUCAAAUUUCAUUGGUAGAGAUGUGGUCAUCUGGCUUUGUAGUUUGGUUUCCUUAGUGCCUUUGAGUGUAUUUUAACAGGGUUUUCAAAUAACAGGCGGAGAUGAUAUUGACAGAAUGAUUAUAUUAACUAAUGAUGGUACAUAAACAGUCUAAUCAAGAUCCAAAAAUAACUAUGCUGUUUGAAAUGCAGACUAACUAUAGAGUCCAGAACAAGCAGAAUACGGUUUCAUUUUUGGUAUUUCACAGACAGGAAAGUGUGUGCUGUUUUCAAAAAUGUGUAAAUUAAGGGACUUCCCAUUCGUGGACUCGUGCAAUGUUUUCUCUUCUCAAUCUCAGAACCUAUGUGUGAUCAACUGGUGCUACAGACACAAACAGUGCCAUUUCCAAAUCAAGUGUGUGUGUCAUAGCACUGCCUCUCAUGUUUCCCACUGUCUGUAUGUCUGUCUCUCUCACUCUGUCUGUUAUUGUCAAGGUAGCCUAUUUAUUUUAUGUAUUUGUCUAUGUUUGUUUGUUAUAUGUGUGUGUCAUGUCCCUAUGUGUGCAAUUGUUUAAUGGAGUGGGAGCUGGGUCAAGUAGGGUGCUUAAACCAAAUGAGACAAUAACGAAGUUGUCAGGUAAAAAGUUUACCAGCUAUUUUAAGUGGUUGAAAAUAUAAAAGGGAUACUAUUUUGGACCUUCAGUGUCCAGGUAUAUGACGUAGUCAUUUGUAACACCUGGUACACUUCCAGCAUUUUUGUCAUGGCUUUUUCUGUUUAGUACCACGUAAACUAUUUAUUUUAUUCUUAUUUGGGGGUAGCCAGUUAAGUGCCUGGAUCUCAGAUAAUGACAUUUUGGCCAGUAGUCAAACAGUGCUCAGCCAAAUUUGUAUGUGGCAUAGACUUUCUUUAUGUCGUUUCGAGGGACUAUUUUAAGUUAACGUACCAUUCAACUGAGCAUGAUGAAUGCUAAUGUAACAAAAUGUUGACGAAACAAAGAAAUUGUUUGGGACAUCGUUAGUAAAGAGUAUUUCAAAUCUAAAACAUGUUACACAGUGCACUAAAAGGAAUUCAUUGCUUUGUGUCAACUGUUCAGAUAUCACCAGUCAUUGAAUACUGUUAUAUUGUGUUGUCAUGUCCUCUUGUUUUGUGUAUAACCUGUCCAUUGUAAUAUUUGUUUAGAUGUGAAUUUGGGUUUAUUUUGGCCCUUUUAGAUUCACACUGGUGGUGCUUUAUAACUAGUUGGAUAACUUUCCAUACUCUGGCUUAGGGUCUCAAGUGAAUCAACAUGCUUCAGACAGUCCUGGUUUUGCAGAACCCAACAUCACUCUUAUUUAACUUUUUUAUUUGAUUAAGAGUCAAUUUACUGAGGGCCAAAUCCUAACUUGAUUUAUGUUUUUGCAGUUCUCCCAUUGGCAUCAUGCUUUACGAGUAAGUCUUGAGUUUAACAUGCAGAUCUCAAGUUAGGAUUCGGCACUUAGUGUAUAGGGUCAAAAUGCCUCCGCCAAUGCUGUGUCGGCCAGUACUAGGGGAUUAGCCAUAACGUAGAGUGGGUGAGAUUCAGAGAUAUGAGAGAGAUUAAGCUAUGAGUGUUGAUUUAAAAGAUAACCAAAUGUGAUUAUUAAUAGGGAGAGUUUGAUGUAGUGUUAAGUCGGCUAAUAGGGCUACCUUUCGAGUGCUGAAACAUUCAUAUCAGUAAUAAAAUGGCUUUUAAAGCAGCUAGGGUUUUACAUCUGCAUUGAGUAAAGAUAUGGGACUAUACAGGGUCACUGGUUGAUAUAUGAGCAUUGCCAUUAAUAUACCUCAGAGACACAGAAUUGAGAGACUCAGGUAAACAAGUAAUUGCCUCAGAGCUGAACACAAACUGACAAAGAGAUUAAUCCAACUUUGGAGUGACUGCCAUCAGAUACGGUGGUUGGUCCAUCUAUUACAAGAUCUGUCCCAAUGGGCAAAAACUGGUUGAAUCAAUGUUGUUUCCACAUCAUUAAAAAAAAAGGCUAAAUGUGAUGACGUUAUGGAAUUUCAUUAGGGACGUUAGGGAAUUUAGUAUUUUUUUCACCCAACUUUUAACCUAAAUCCAAUGACAUGGUGACAUGUUGUUGAUUUCCCUUUAAAUUCACUUUAGUUGACAACUCCACCAAAUGUAAAUCAAAACUAGAUGUCGAAAUGACGUCUGUGCCCAGUGGGAUGGCUAUGAUUGGAUAGCAACUCAUCAAGCACGUCCCCGUUCCUUCUCUCUCUGUCUCCCUUUUCUCCCCAUAGCCAGUCACGCAGCUUCGUGGAGGACAAUCUGGAACCUAAUUGGCUGAGGCAACACGGGCAGCCCGCAUGGCCUGGCCAUAUAUCAAG